AUGCCGCAGCUGAGGUCAGGGAAAGUGGUGAGAGCCAGCGAGGUAAAGCCGGUUGACCUGGAGCUCAGCAGCCCCGGCUCUUCCCGAGCAGGGUGUGAGCCAGAGGGAAAGCUGGUAGUCAAGCGGAGUUGUCACCUGGCACCAAAGAGAAAGCUUGAGCAGCCCGUACCUUCCUUUACACAACCUGCCAGGCUCUCUCGCGCUUCCUUUAAGUGUUUUGCUCUGCCUGUGCCCAUGCAGAAGGAGCAAGUUGAGAACAGACAGAAUUUCCCAGAUAAAAAAAACAAGGGAAUCCAGCACAGGAAGUCUCCCAGAAGAAGCAAGGCUGUAGCUUCACUAGUUUCAGACACAGCUGAGUGUGAAGAUUGGCAAGCAGCAGCCACGGCUGCACCAAUGUGCUGGGAAGAGACUCUAAGAGGGACAGGUCAAAGUCAACAGCUGUUUUUCUCAGGACCUCCUUUGCAGAAAAAGUUCUCAGCAGAGAUUGAAAGGAAUGAACAUUGCUCAGAAGACCUGAACUUCUCUGGUUUCCACAAGGGUUCAGGGAGCUCAGGAACAGAAGGCAACCAUUCCUGUAUGGAAAUAAAAUUACAAGUCCCAUCCUUGAAGAGGGAAAUUGAGAGCACAGAGAGACAUGGAAUAUCCUGUUUUCCAGAACCAGAAGUUCUUCAAAAGGUCACAUGGAGUAAUGAAGUGAAAUGUACUGACUGCACAAUGAUGCAGAGUAUGCAAAUCCCAGAUUUUAGGAAGAAUUUGUGUGCUCAGGAAGCUGUCCCUAAUCCAAAACCUCUGGAAGAGGUUGAUACACUAGAGAAGUUGAAUGAGUGUCCAUUAGUUGGAUCAAGAACACUAGGGACACAGGAAAAAGAAAGGAAAUGCUUGGGCAAGAAAGGCAGAAGCUCAGUGGGGAAACCAAAAGUACAUGGUUCCAAGGAGAGGGGUAGUUCUGCCUUGCUAAAACAGCAUACACAGUGUCCAGAGUCCAGGAAAGGAGCUCUGACUGUGAGGAACAGAAAUGCCUUGCUGCCACAGCAGCUGCAGGAUCUGAGUGGACAAGAAAAACCAACAACCAGAAGAAAGACUCAGAAGCGUUGCAUGAAAGAAGAGCAGCAGAGCUCAAGCCCUCAGAAACGACCAGACAGCCCAGGGGAAAGUGAGGAACUGUUGAAAGCAAUUGAGCAAGACACUGGUACUUCACAGGCUGUAAAGAAGGUUAAGACAAAGCAAAACAGGGUAGAAGAGUCUAAGGAAAAGGAAUCUCACUAUUCUAGAUCUUCUACAGUUUCUACUUCAGGUGACACUGAAAGCAAGAGCUUUCUAUGCCAUGCUGUAAAAAAAGAGCCCAGUGUGCAGUGUAGAAAAAGGCAACACAGAUCUGGUCAAAUCAAGCACUUGCAAAGUUUAAGUGUGACUGCAGCUGAAGAAGUGAUGAAUACAUCUACAAAAUGUGAUGCUGAACGUUGCAGUAAUGCCCUAAACCGUUGUAGUGGCUUGCUCUGUGCAACUGAAAAUAAUCCAUUUGUGGUAUUAGAGGACUGUAGUUACAUCAAUACAUUAGUGAAGCAUUCAGCUAGUGGAACUACCAACAGUUAUAAAUUAAAUGGAUUCUUCCAUGCAGCCCAUGGUACUGGAGACCUGAAUGAUAGAAUUUGCAUCACUAGUAGAAUGCAAAAUGAGAGGUCACUCAUAAAAGGUGGUUUAUCACCUAAUAAAGAAAAGAAUGAAAAUGAAGAAGACCAUGUUUCAUGCUGCCUGAGUGAAAGCAGUAAGUGUUUAAGGGGAAAAAAGUGGAAUAUUGGUAGAAAGCCUAGAAAAAAGAAAUCUGCAGACAUGGCUAGUAAAUGCAAGAAGUGUGAGUUACAAACUGAAGCAGCAGUUGCCAUGUCAAGCUCAUGUUCAGUUUCAGGACUAAAUCAUACAGAUACAGAAAAAAAACCUCAGGAAGUACAAACUGUAUCAGCCUGGAGAAAGAAUAGUACCAAACUACUUGAAUUUGAAACUGGCUUUAAGAAGACAUCUGAGCUCUCUGCAGUAGUAAAAGUGGAAAAUUCAAGCAGUGUGGCACAUUAUGCAGCUGCCUCAGAUAGCCUUCGAGUGUUAGCUCAGAUCCAUGAUGUUUCUGAUCAUCACAAAAGCAAGACAGGAGGAAAUUUGAACAAAGUUUUUAAGAAAUUGCAGCAGUUUACCUGUCAAAGAACAAUGCCCAUGACUGGUAAAAAAGUUUGGCCUGUUGAAUCUUGUGCCAGGACUUCUGAAUGGUUUCUUAAAAAUCAUAGGCCCAUCUCAGAAGGAGAAAGACUUUUAAAGGCUGCUUUUGAGGAUUCCUCUGAUAAAAGCAAUGUUAAAGCUGUGGAACAUAGUGCAGUGACUAGGAAUGUGAGACAGCUGGAUUUGCAUACAUCAUUGGCAGAAAUUACAAAAGAAAUUACACAUAAAAAGAUUGAUCCAAAUAUUUACUGUCAGGCUUCACUUGAAACGAUGGAAUCCUCUUCUGUGGAUAUUUAUGAGACUUUGACAGUGAACAAUGAAAAUGGGGAAUCACCAGUUAAUACAGAUAAGAGUGCCAUGGUUUUUAACCAUGAUGAUGUGCAAGAAGUUAAAGCAACCUUGAAUUUUACAGCAAAACAAAAAGAUGAAGGAGAUGUAACAGAAAGAAACAGGUCUGUGACAGUCCAGAAUGGUACAAUAAAACAAGAAGUUAAAGAUGAAGGAGCUGUGACAAAUAGAGAUAUGUCUGUGACAGUCCAGAAUGGCACAACAAAACAAAAGAAUAAAAAUGAAGGAGAGGUGACAAACAGAAACCUGCCCGCAACAGUCCAGAAUGUUAUAAAAAAACAAAAGGAUGAUAAUGAAAGAGAUGUGACAAAUAGAAACCUGUCUGUAACAGUGCAGAGUGGUACUUCUUCAAGUAACACAAACAGUAUAAACUUCAGCCCUAAAUUAUCAGUAGUGAACCAGACAUUUUCUGAUUUAAACCUAAUUAAACCAUUAACAUCUGGAAACCUGACAAAAUUCAAAAUUCCUUUAUGCAGAAACAAGCCUAAAUCCAAGAAACGGGAAUCUGUCCAUUCAUUUGAAAGCAAAACUUGUAGUCCACUAGAGCUUCUUGAAAGCACUAGUCCAGGAAGGCAGAAGACAGGUGAAGAGACUUUCUUGGUAAAAUCUGAGCAGCGUCCUCUUCUUGUCAUGAGUGAUGCUACAUCUCCAGCUUCCAUACAGAAAAAAGCAGAUGAGAUUGAUAGUAAGGACUUCCAGCACAAUGGCUCUGUAAACCUCUCUGAUGAGAUGUCUGUGCUUCCUGAAAAUUUUUCUGCAUAUCCGCAUCCUCCUCUUGAUGGACAGCCAGAGUCAUCUGUGCCUGAUUUCUAUGGUACUGAAUGUGUGCUGAAAUCUAGUUUUCCUGAUCAUUCUUGGAAUGCAGUUGACCACCUUACUGGAUUAGAAAUAAAUGGUGAUAGAAAAUCAAGAGGGAACUUUUCACAACACAAAAGUCAAAAUUUACCAGAUAUCCUUGAAGCUUACAACCAAGAUGUUCUUGUCAUAGAUGUGAUUCAGGAUGACCCUGACCUUUUUGGAGCCAGUAAUGAAGAGGAGCUUGCACCUGCACGCUGUGAAAAUUGUCCAGUGAAAGCAUCCUCUGCAAACUGCAUUAAAGACACAAAGAUGUAUAUUAAGCCUGAGUCUCCUGUUACCUCAGAAAAGACAUAUUCAGUAGAGAGUAGUUUUAGAUGCAUGCAAGAAUCUGGAAGUGACACUGAAAAUUCCUGUAAUUUGGUGUUAAAAGCUGAAGAUGUGAAGACCCACAACUCCUCCAGAGGAAGCAGUCUUUCAGGAGAUGUUAGUGAGGACUUUCUUAAAAAUAGACAACAGAGCAAACUAGAUGAACUUUUGACAAGUUUGGACGUGGAUGAAAAGUUCAAGCUUGCAGAUGGAGUGUCUGAUAUUGAAGAAGAAAAUAAGACUGAAGCUGGAAAAAGUGACUGUGACUACAAAGUGAACUGUGAAUUGCUAUCAGGAUUGCCAUUGAAUGACCGAAAAGUAAAUCUCUCCAGUGGAACUACAGAGAUGAAAUCCUGGACAAAUGGUUACAAAUCUUCAAAAAUAAGUACUUCACUGCCAUCAAAGAAUUGUGGAGAUUUUGAGCCAUGGAAGAUGGAGAAAAAUGCAAGUGCUUCUCAGUCAGUCCAGCAGAUCCUUGAUGCACUUAACUUGCCCCAUAAAUACUGCAGAUAUUACUUCAUGACUUCACGUGGGUGUGAAAGAAAAAAAUGUUGGUUCUGUCACGUUCCAGGACAAGGGGAUGAAAAGAUUUGCAUGGCAAUUCUUAGGACAUACAUUAGUAUCAAAGAAUCAGGCCUCCUGAAACGUGCAGUCCAGAUAUUUGUGAAGUAUUACAAAGAAGUUACUCCUGGUGUGGAUUUUGCUUCUGAAGUGCUGAAUGAUCUUCUUGUUUCAUUGCUCAACAACAGCUUGUUGCAGGAAGUAUUUCAGAUAUUGAAUACAAUUGUACAAAUCAAGACACUGCCAGCUGUAGAUGUUCUUCUGAAAGUUUUUGAGCAUAUGGCUUCUUUGAAUAUAAGAAAUGCUGUGCCUACAUUAAUCAGUACCUUCUGUAAGCUCAUUGAUGCUGGUAUGUUCCUUGAGUUAGAACAUUUGGACUACAUUAUUAAGUUACUUCGCCAAUUGCAAGUUUCCAGUUGGGAAAUGAGUACUGUUUUGAACAUAAAAUCCAGAUUUAAGGAAAGAUAUUUUGAAAAGACAUGGAUUUUUGACUUCAACUUGGCAGUGGCUGAAAUUCAGCAUUGCAAGGAAAAAAGGGAUUGGACCAAGCUGGGAGCUUUGUAUCUUAAUGCAAGAACUGGAUGUGAACAUUUUGAGGAUCUUCAGAAAUUGUUUUUAUCUAUUGCUGAAAUUCUAACCAAAGAUUCUGAGACAGACAGGCCAGGAGUCCCUUUUUGUGAUUUUGCUGAUACAGUAAUGAAAAAUUCACAGCAUAAUAAAGCAGACAGACUUUUCAUUGGAAGGACUGGGAUAAGCGUAAUGUAUUCGUAUCACAAAGUACUGCAGUGGAUAAAGGGAAGGAAGGUUUUGGAUAAACUGCAUAAGCUACAGAUACGUUUUACACUCUUGAAAGGACUUGUAGGUGCAGGGAGAUCAGCAUCCAGAUGUCAGAUUGUUAAUAAAGCCGCAGAAAUCUUUCUUUAUUCUGGAAAUUUGGAUGGAGCAACAAGGGUAUUGAGAGAGUCAGCGUGGAUCACUGAUGCACCAUUGUGGCCCUGUGAUAAAAUAGACAUCCUCAAUCGACAUAAUCUGUUAUGUGCAAUAGUGCACAAAUACUUGAGGAAGAGUUUGUACAGGCAGGCAUUUGAAGUUCUGCAGAACUUACCGGGUUUGCAGAAACAUUCUGAUAUUAUAGAUGCUUCUCAAUACAGCUGCCUUUUUAACGAGCUGAUAAAUGCCUGUUUUGAGAACAAGAACCUUGGGGUCUCAUCUUCUGCAGUAGACUUCAUGCUUUCCAAAAAAAUUGCUAUUGAUUUUGUUUUACUUAGAGGAUUAAUCACAGCUUUGGGAAGAAGUUCUUUAUGGUCCAAAGCUAGGACCUAUUACAAAAAUGCUUUAUCACUGGGUUGCUACCCAGAGCUGCAGGGAAAUUUAUAUCACAAACUCCUGAAGAUUCCCUUUUACCUGUCUGAAGUUGAGAUGCUGUUGGCCAUUGAAGUAUUUCUUGUUUCAAAUGCCAGUGAUAUUCAAAGUUCAAGGACUACUAGUCAGACUCUUCAAAUAAUACUGAAAAGAUCUGAAGAUACAGGUCAGAAUAACAGUGCCUAUCACGAGGCAGUGGAGAGGCUGAUCCAGGCGGCUCAUUUAUCUGAUCCAAAGUUUUUCCUUAAGCGUUUGACAAUGAAUGUUAAUAUGGAAGAAGUUUAUAGACUGGAGCAUUCAUCUGCUCUAAAAUGGCUUCAGGAGAAUAUGAAAUGGGCUGAGAAGGUCUGGCUGUUCCAGUAGUUACUAAAUAGUUUCCACUGUGUUCGGAGUGUGCCUUACUGAUUUACAGCAAGGUUUCAAACUCAAGUUGUGGUUUUAAAUACUGUAUUGAUGAUAAUGCAGAUAGUAGCACAGAAAGAGCAAUUUUUUCCCUAUCACACUGACUUAUAUAGAUGUUCACAAUGGCAUCACCAGAUAAUGAGGAAGCUGCAGCCUCAGAACCUACAUUCUCCAUUCUUACAAAGAAUUAGCACUUGGCUUGUUUCUCCCAGCAGAUAAUCAUAUAAGUGUAGUAUAAGCAUAGAUAAAAGUGUAGGUAAGUGCACUGGUUGAGUGCAUCUACUGUUCUUGAGUGAGACAUUUUCCACAUUCAUUCAUAGUCUGUAGAAGUAAUACCUAUUUCCUUUUGUCUGCCUCACAGUAACUUGUGAGAUCAUUGUCCCAACUAUUUGCACCUUAUAUCUUAAUUGCUUUGCUCCAAAAGCCCAAUAAAAAGCACUGAGAAUAAAAUAAGUUCAAAAUCACUUGAGACAUGCCUGAUUUAGGAUACCUUUCUUCACAGAACUGAGAGCCUACACAUUGCUCACAGCUGAAGGUUUAGUUUCUUGUAACUAAAGCAUAAUAAUGUGGUUUGGAAGACUUACCACAAUUUUAUUUCAAAAUAUUGAUAAUUUUGAGAGUUUCAAAAAGUGGGACAGAGGUGAGAAGCUGGAAGUAGGACCUUGACAGUUUUAUGGUGUUUUAUAAAGAGCAAUGGGGGAGGAAGGGGAGCAUUUUGGAGGAGUUGUUAAGUUGUUAAUAAAUGUUUUUUAGUAUUUCUAUAAAGCAUUCAAAAUAUCUGAGUCUGUAUUGUCAUUAAAUUAUUUAAUUAUAUUCAGAUUCCUGUAAUGAACCCUCUUAGAUAUGCAGCAAGAUAGGCAAGCAGCAAAGUAGAAGUAGAGAGUUUAAUAUCUUGUAACCACUACAAGAGCCUGGAGAAUGAUACACCGCAUGAGGAGGUUAAGAAAGUGUGAAAUCAGUCAGACUAUGCAGUUCUUCAUCACACCAGAGCACAAAAUGUAGCAAAUGCUCAUGAAUAAAUUGGGCUGAAACUCCCAGCAGCUGUGGAGAUGGCCAGCUUCCAGCUUUAACUGGAAGUGGAGGCUACAGCCAGGGUUACAGGCUGUGCUCAGUUCACUGAAGAAUUCACAUGGAUGUUAGUAAGAGUUUCACUUGAGGAGAAAUAAUAAAAUUAAAUACCUCUGCUGUAGUAGGAGAAGUUUAAUUACUAAAGUCUCAGUGUCAUACUCCUCAGCUUAGUAAACUUUAGCCACAGUAAAAGCAAUUAUUCACAUUUUUUGUCCUUUCACAUUCUCCAGAUGCAUCUUGCAUCUUUGUGGUUUUAUUGGAGAAGGGUUUUUUUGCAAAUCCAGCUUUAUGUUUUUGAGUCUACAUUGCUGCAUAACUUUUUUUUAUUUACUAGAAUGAUGUGUAGUAUCAGAAUGAUACUGACAUGAUUGUCUCAGAGUUCUGGACCAUUGCAUGUGAUAGGAUUGGAGAAACGGAUGCUAUUUUUUGACC